UGGACUUUGCUGUGGCACCACCACGUGGCCACCAUACGCCAAAGCCACGCCGACGUCGAUCAUCAUUCAAUCUUCUUUGAUGUGAAAUCCUAUACAAAAUCCCAAAGCCAAGACUAGACUUUGUACAAAAGCACGCCACAGCGUCAAAUGUCGAAUCAGCGACCGCAUCAUUUGCAACUCCACGCUUUCUCCCGGUAAAAAGCAAAAGUAAACACAAACGCAAACCGAAAGCAAAAACAGAAUGUCUACGCUCCAAAUCCAAUCCGAUAUCCGCUCCGCUCUUCACAUAGCUUCCUCCACCUUUCUCUCUCUCAAUACUAGGAGCUUGACGCUCCCUCAUUCCGUCCCUGCGCGUCGCCUUCUCCCCCGACCUCUGCAUUCUUCCACAGCGGCGUUCGGGCCGCUCCCUAGAGCUUUCUCCAACGACGGUAGCGUUCCCGAGAAGCCUUCGAUUUGUACCGCCGAUGAGCUUCAUUAUGUGUCCGUGCCUAAUUCUGAUUGGCGCCUUGCCCUCUGGCGCUAUCGCCCUCCUCCUCAGGCGCCUCCGAGAAAUCACCCGCUAUUAUUAUUGUCUGGAGUAGGGACUAAUGCCAUUGGUUACGAUCUUUCUCCUGGGUCUUCGUUUGCAAGAUACAUGUCUGGCCAAGGAUUUGACACAUGGAUUCUUGAAGUUCGUGGUGCUGGAUUGAGUGUGCAGGGAUCAAAUUUCAAAGAAAUUAAGGAAACUGCUGAUGCAGUGUCGGAGCAGAUGGAAGCUGUGGCUAAGAGUGUGACAAAUGGAGUUUCUCCUGCUCAGCUGCAGCCAACUAAUGUUUCUGGCUCCUUUUCAGAUUCUGAGAUUUCUUUUCUUGGAGAAGAUUCGAUAGGGAUUGGAACAGCAUGGGAUGAAUCAAAAUUGGUGACAAAGUUGACGGAAAUUUUCAUGCGUUUGUCUGAGAGACUUUCUGGCUUUCUAAGUGAUGGUCAAUCAAGACUUAUCUCUGCUAAAUUAUUUGAUCAAAUAUCAAAACUUUUGGAAGAUUCUCAAUUAUCUGAACGCUUUGAGGAGGUAAGGGGGAAGCUUUCCUACUUAUUGGAAAAACAACAAAAUUCAGGUAUUGCUAGCCAAAUUAGAGAUCUGAGUCAAAGACUUGUAAAUAUUAUUGAAGAAGGCCAACGAUCUGUUUCACCUCAGUUCAUUGAUCUACAAGAGCGGCUUUCUUCUACAAUAGAAGAUUUUCAAAAACAACUUGACUUGAUCGUGAAGUAUGAUUGGGAUUUUGAUCACUAUCUGGAGGAGGAUGUCCCUGCUGCGAUGGAAUACAUAAGAGCACAAACAAAGCCAAAUGAUGGAAAAUUGGUUGCAAUUGGUCACUCAAUGGGAGGCAUAUUGCUUUAUGCCAUGCUGUCACGGUGUGGUUCUGAAGGCAGGGAACCUAAACUAAAGGCUGUUGUUACUUUGGCAUCAUCACUUGAUUACACAUCUUCAAAAUCGACACUCAAAUUGCUCUUACCUCUUGCAGAUCCUGCACAAGCUCUUAAUGUCCCUGUUGUUCCAUUGGGGACAUUACUGGCGGCUGCUUAUCCUCUAUCGUCUCGGCCUCCUUACGUCUUGGCAUGGCUUAAUAAUCUAAUAUCAGCGGAGGACAUGAUGCAUCCAGAGUUGCUAAAAAAGCUUGUCUUAAACAACUUCUGUACCAUCCCAGCCAAACUUAUUCUGCAGCUCACAACAGCUUUCCGAGAAAAGGGGUUAUGUGAUAGGAGUGGUAAAUUUUUCUACAGGGAUCAUCUACAUAAAAGCAAUGUCCCCGUCCUAGCUGUUGCAGGAGAUCAAGAUUUAAUUUGCCCACCUGAAGCUGUAGAAGAAACUGUGAAGCUUUUUCCUGAGAAUUUGGUUACCUAUAAAGUAUUUGGAGACCAUCAGGGUCCCCAUUAUGCACAUUAUGAUUUGGUGGGAGGACGAUUGGCAGUGGAGCAAGUUUACCCAUGUAUACUCCAGUUUCUUGGUCAUUAUGAUUAAUCAUGAUAGCUGGGCCACGAAGCAUUGUUGCGAAAGAUUUGGUCAACAGCGAUUGGUUUUUCCCAGUGGCGUGAUAGACCCUUUGGUUGUUGUAAUCUUGGCAGAGUUAAUGUGAUUGAUCACAUUGGGGGAUGCAUUGCAAAUUAAACAACGAACACAGGAAGGGCCAUCCAGAGCUGAAUUUGCACUGAUGUUUGGAAUAGGUCCUUUUCUGAAUUGUAUAUUGAGGAUUGUGAUCAAGGAAAGUAUUGGAGUUGAAACAGCCGACACCCCUACCCCC